AUAGACCGUGGAGGUCUGGUAACUAGAUAAAAAUUUGGCGGGAAAAAUCGAAGGAAUAAAAACAAAAUGGUGGAUGAUGAUGUAUAAACAAGACGUUAUUUAUAUUUUAGAGAUUUCGUUGGAUCAUGGAAAGUAAAGCAGCUUUUAAACCGGGAACCAUCAACAAGCUUCUCCAACAAUCCUUUCAAGACCAACAAAAAACAAAAGUAAAUGGUGAUGCACUGAAACUCAUGUCAGAGAUGUUAAGAACGUUUGUAGCUGAGGCUGCAGCAAGAGCUGGGAAGCAAGCAAAGGCAGAAUCUGCAUCAACUGUACAGACUGAACACUUGGAGAAAAUACUCCCUCAGCUGCUGCUGGAUUUUUGAAACAUGUAAAACUUAUAUAGACAUGUAACAAGCUUUGCUAUUAAGAAACUUUUGUUUUCAAUAUCUUUUUUAUGUGAUCCCCAUACAAAUGAUAGAAAUAUUUGGAUAAUUAGAUUAUUUUUACAAUGAACAGCUGUCAAAAUUUUGUCCUUCUAGACGUAAUGCACUGUUUUCCAUUUCAGACCUCAUGUCAUUUCCUUGAGUAUUAAUACUUUUGUGUUCAUUAGUAAUGCUUGAGCAGAUACAUUAUUAUGUAUGGAUGACAUUCAAACAAAGAAAUCAUUAAUCUCAAAAUGAUAUGUGGCCUGAAAAUGGGAAAUCAUUGUGCAAACAUAUUUCUGGGUCCAUUACUGCUCAUGGAAAAAACCACUCAAAUAACGCAAAAAAAAAUUUGACACCUGAAACAAUUAAAACUUUAAACAAAUCGUACAAACCGUUUUGGACCUGGAAGUCUUUUUUCCGUAAAAUUUACAUCACGGUUAAAAGCUCUAUAUUUCAUGCAUUUCUAAGAAGCAAAGGGCAAAUCUUGAAUAAAAAGAGUUCUGAAGCAACAGUCAUUAUGAUACAAAAGAUAAACAUGAUAAAGGAUGGGCCGACACUUGUUCCAUUUGGUAACUUAAAUGGUACUCCUCCGAUCUCUGGCAUGUGAAAACCAAGGGGAAAGACAAUAGCUGCUAGGUUGAAUAAGGCCACUGUAAAGGAAAAAUGGAAUAAAAAGUGUUGUCUUGCAAUGAAAAUUAAAAAGAGAAGAAA